AUGGCAAUCUUCCAAAGCGCUCUUGCGCCAUUCACAGUCAAAGGUUUUUACCUUAUAACCUGGGGUACCGCUUUGGGUACAAACGUCUGGAACACUGUGUCCGGAUACAGAACUUACAAGACCCUCCCUCGACAAACAUUCGGUACCCUUCAAUCGCGACUCCAACCUCUCUAUUUCACUUUCUCUUCCAUCGCCACCUCUACUCUCCUCUUCACUCACUACUGGUUCCAUCCAGGACUCAUCUCAUCUCCUAGAGUACCUCCUCACCACACAAACUCUCCGGAGGGUAUCCAAGCCUUGUUGAUCAUCGGAUCGCUCGUCCCCCAAUUACUUAACCUCGUCGUUGUCUCUCCCCUGGCUAGUGAUGUCAUGUUCGAAAGACACAGACAAGAGAGAGUGGAAGGUAAGGAGUACGAUGAGCCUAAUGUCUCCGAAACCCUCCAAAAGCUUAACAAGAAAUUCUCCUUAUACCACGGUAUCGCCUCUGCCCUUAACACCGUUUCAUUCUUGGCUUUGGCAGGUUUAGGUUUGCACGUUAGCAUGUAA